AUGGUGUCAAAACCUGUGGCCAACUCGAUGCUUUUUCUGAGGAUUGUUGCUCUUGCAGCCUCAGCUGCAUCUGUAGCCUUACUGUUUACGAACAAAGUCAAAUUUGAUGAUGGAACGAAGCUCAGAUUUCAAGAUUUCUAUUCAUUCAGGUAUGAAGCAGUGGUUGGAAUAAUUGGUGGUGCAUAUUGUAUACUGCAGCUACCAUUUGCCAUAUAUUAUGCAGUAAAGCAGAAGAGGUUGAUACGCAAUGGAUUCUUACCUGAAUUUGAUUUCUAUGGAGACAAGGUAAUUUGUGUUCUUCUGGGCACAGGAGUUGGUGUAGGGUUUGGAGUGUGUUUGGAAUUUAAAAAGUUCUUUGAUGACAUAUUUGACUCUGUGGGUACCCCAAAGAGUGACCCUACAAGGAAGACAUAUGACAAGUUUUUUGUUCGAGGGAUUGUGGCUUCUGCUAUUCUCCUUGUUGCAUGUCUUUCUAUGAUCAUUGUUUCUCUUAUUUCCUCCAUCAAUCGAAAUCGAAGCAAAGGCAUUUUUAAUUAG